AUGGAAAAAGUAUACGAGACUGGACAUGGUGCUGGGCUACUUACCAUUUAUAUUGAACUUAGUUUGGUUUCCAAUAAUUUAUCCGGCCGGGCUGCUGAUGAGUGCAUCGCCCGGAUGGGAAAGGAAACGCAAUUCAUUAGUUUUCCUUCUGGAAAAGGCAAAAUAAGAGCAAUUGCAAUUUACCAUCACAAUUAUUUGAAUGCAGGUAUCUUAGCUUGUCUCGAUGGAUACAUGAAUAUAGCAAUGGAACAAACAGAGGAAUACGUCAAUGGACAGCUGAAGAAUAAAUAUGGAGACGCUUUUAUUCGUGGAAAUAAUGUGCUAUAUAUCAGCACAUCAAAGAGAACCCUAGCAGAGGGGGCAUAAAGUUGAGGUUCCAAAUACAUCCAAGUUAUUUCAUCAUGUUCUGUGCUGUUGAUGAAUUCAUAGAUUAGGAUUUUUUUUUGCUGUUCUCCUUUUAGGUAGAUCAAGAAUCUUUGUACUCCUAAACAUGUUCUUCGAACUAAAUCAGCAUUCUGAACGCAGAAAACAUGUUUUCUGUUGAACUCAAUAUGGAUGGCUGCUUGCAGAUUGUCUGACGUACAGUUGAAGUAGAUAUAGCUACUGGUGCCUGUAUUCUGCCAAUGUUGCAUCAACACAUGAUUUGCUGGCCUACCAAACAAAAGAUUUUCUUGUGUUGUACCCAAAUUCGUUCUUGAUUUUGCCCCCCUUCUCCCC